GCCACCAAAGUGCAAAGGAAUACUGCGUUUUUCCAAGGCAAACAGAGCAGCCAUCUCCUUCCCCUUCUCUCCUUCUACUUCUCUGCCCUUUUCUUUCUGCUUCUUUUUUGCUUUUAAUCAUCGUCCACUAAUUCCGCGCUGUAAUUCCAUAAUCUUCCUCGAUUUCAGAUCUCUUUUUCAUUCCCAUUGUCCCUGUGCCUCUCUCUCUCUCUCGUUCUCUGUUAAUCUUUGUUUUUUCCUGCUGCUUUUGUUGUUUUUUUAUUCGUUUGGAGAUAAUUGAAGAGGAAGUCGGUGGUUGCUUUCGGUUUGGGAAGAUGGGCUGAGAGUUUGAUGAAAAAGCAGCUGGGAAUCUUUCUGAGCAGCUGCUUUGCAGAGGAAAAAUUCCAUCUUUUGGUCUGGUGAAUUUAAUCCUGCUAAAGCAAAAUAUCAAGUAUCCAUCUUGCUUUUGUGGACUUUAUUUGAGAAGAUAGUUCUUUUCAAGUGGCUUAUUGUCUCUUAAGUUAAUUCUCUCUUGGAUCUGUUACCUAAGUUUUUACUGGUACAAGGAUCAGUCCUUUUUUUGAAAGCAAAACAGAUAGUAUUGGUUUAGUUGUCCAUAGUCAUGGCAACACUGUCGAAAGCUGAAUCUCGACGUCUUUACUCCUGGUGGUGGGAUAGUCACAAUAGCCCAAAGAACUCAAGAUGGCUUCAAGAAAACCUUUCAGAUAUGGAUGCCAAAGUAAAAGCGAUGAUCAAGUUUUUAGAAGAGGAUGCUGAUUCCUUUGCAAGAAGGGCUGAGAUGUUCUAUAAGAAACGUCCUGAGCUUUUGAAACUGGUAGAAGAAUUUUACCGAGCAUACCGUGCUUUAGCAGAGAGAUAUGAUCAUGCAACUGGGGCACUUCGCCAAGCUCAGCGAACAAUGGCUGAAGCAUUUCCAAACCAAGUGCCAUUCGUUAUUACUGAUGAGCCGAACUCUGGUUCUUCUGCUUUUGAACCUGAAAUUCGUAGUCCUGAUAAAAGAUCAUUUCCAACUUAUUUUGAUCCUGAUGAUUUGCAAAAGGAUACGCCACACUUUCAUGCUGUCAAAAGGAACGGAGCAUAUUCCGACGAGCAUGAUGCAUUAUCAGGCAAAAAUGGAUUGAAGCAGCUGAAUGAGUUGUUUUCUGCUGGAGAAGUGGUGGCUCAAUCAAAGUUAGGUCAGGAUAAAGGUUAUGAGCCAAAACCUCGGCGUGGAUUGAGAGAUUUGCAAAAGCAUGAUUUUGCCGAGAAAGAGAACAUCAGCAAUGAAAUUAAACGUCUGCAGGAAGAACUUUCCCAGAUGUCGAAGGAGAAGAAGGUUCUUGAUAACCAAAUCAUUUCAGAGUCUCACCGGGCUGAUAAAGCUGAAGCAGAAAUCCAAAGCCUGAAAGACAUAAUGUCUAAAUUAAAUUCUGAGAAGGAAGCUGCUUAUCUUCAGUACCAGUUAUGCCUGGAAAGGCUGUCAAACCUUGAGGCUCAGAUGUCUCGAACACAAGAAGAGUUCAGGAAGCUGAAUGAUAACAUGCGGACAGGAGUUGAAAAAUUAAACAGUGCGGAAGAGCGAUCUCUUCUUCUAAAAAAGGAGAAUCAAACUUUGCAGUUGGAGCUGGAAACACUUAAACUGAGUCGCCAUGAUAUUUUAGAGCAAAAGUUAUCUACUGAUCGUGUUUUAAAGUCACUUCAGGUGUCUUUGAAGAUGAUGGAGAAUGAAAAAAUGGGACUUGAAGAUAUCUGCAAGAAGCUUGAAGAUGAAAAACAGCAUCUUUUGGAGAGGUUGAAAAUUUUGGAGAGCGUAGAAGAGAAAAAUGUAGUUUUGGAAAAUUCUCUUUCAGAUGUUCAUGUUGAGUUGGAAGGAUUGAGAGAGAAGAUAAAAUCAUUAGAAGAGACAUGUGAUUCUCUUCGCCGACAGAUUUCUGUUCAUAUCUCUGAAAAUACUGUGCUCAUUGCCCAGCUGGAGGUUGUGUCCAAGCAAAUGGAGAAACUUUCAGAGAAAAAUACCUUCUUGGGGAACUCCCUGACUGAUACAUAUGGUGAACUUGAAAAUUUGAGAGGAAAAUUGAAGGGGUUGGAAGAAUCCUUCCAGUCCCUUAAUGAUCAGAAUUCGGCUCUUCUUGUCGAGAAAAAUACUUUGCUUGUGGAGAUGGGCAGCAUCAACCAAUGUUUGAAGAGCUUGGAGAGGAGGCAUGCAGAAUUGCAGCAAAAAUAUCUAGCUCUUAGAAAAGAACAAGAGCUGGCUCUUGGACAAGUUCAAGAACUUCAUGAUGUCUUGGAAGCUGAGAAGCAAGAGCAUGAAAACCUUAUUCAGUCAAGCAAAAGAAGGCAGGAGAUGCUGGAUAACCAAAUACAACUUCUUCAAGAGGAAGCAUGGAUCAAGGAUGAUCAGUUUGAAACUGAACAGCUCAAAUAUAUGAAUGCACAGGUUGAAAUUUUCAUUUUGCAGAAAUGUUUGCUUGAAAUGGAAGAAAGUAAUCUGCUGCUUUCAAGAGAAUGCCAGAAGAACAUAGAAACAUUAAAGUGCUUAGAGAAACAAAAGUCUGAUCUUGAGCACGAGUAUCUUCUUCAAAAGCAAACAGUAGCUUCCUUGUCAGAGCAUAAUGAGAAACUCAAUGAGGGUAUUCAUGGUGUGCUGAAGGAGCUCCGGAGCAAUAAGCAAUGCCAAUCUAUUGAUGAUAUGAGAGAUGAACUGCUUCUGCAAAUUGUGAAGGAUGAAACUAAACACCUGCUUAGUUCUCUAUCAGAUGUCCAGGAUGAAAACCAAAGCCUGAUUCUUGAUAGAUUGGUUAUUCUUGCCAUGCUGAAGCAAGUCAGUCUUGAUGCAAUGGAUAUGAGAUCGGAAAAGGAUUUCCUUGUGCAAGAACUUAUCCUAAGGAAUGAGGAAUUGGCAUGUUUACAAAGUGAGAAGCAUGAGCUUAUGGGAACCAAAGAACAAUUGGUGUUGGAUGUACAGAAUAGCAACAAGAGACAAGAUGAAUUAAAUCAAGAAAUAAAGGAUCUUCUGGGUCAAUUAGCAGACUGGAAAGAACAUCACAACAUCUUAAAAGGCCAAAAUUUGAAGCUGCUUAAUGAGUAUCAGUCUUUAUCUAAUAAAUUUGAUCACUUGAGGGUGAUUAAUGAAGCAUUGGAAGAGGAAAACAGAAGCAUUCUUUCAGAGGCGAUGACUCUAGAAUUCCUUUACUCCUUUUUCCAAAGUGUUACUGCUGAACGCACAGUGAAAUUGGGGUCAUUCAGUAAUGAUUUAGACAGUCUUUCUUCAGCUAAGAAUGAACUUGACCAGGAGAUCAGAGCAUUGAAUGAUAAAAUAAUACAAAUUGAAGUAGAAAACACAGAUCUGAAGGACACGCUUGUAAAUUUUGAUGAAUGCAAGAAUCACUUGAUGGUUCUAGAGAAUGAUCUCGAAGCAGCCAGAAAUGUUGUUUGCACCUUAUCUGAAGAAAAUAUUCAUAAGGAUAAUGAGGUUGUGUCGCUUCAUCAGGUCAAUGAGUUGCUUAAUGGGAAAAUUGGCAAAUUGCAUAAAGAAGUUGAACAAGCUAAGCAAAGGGAAGAACUUCUAGCUUCUGAAUUGCACAACAGUGAGAAUGAGCUCAAAUGCUGUGAAGUUGAAACCGCAACACUGUUAGAUGAAUUACAUCUGAGCACAACCAGUGCGGCAAUAUUUGAAGAUAAGUUAUUUGAGCUGAUACUAGAAGCGAAAGCUCUUGAGACUAGUGGCCUGGUACAGAGAGAGAUGUUAAGCAAAGCGAUCAGUUUGAGAGAUGCAUACCAGAGUGAGUUAAAAGAAAAGAUUUGUGCCCUGGAAGGAGAAAACAGAGACAUGAAGGCUGGUAUCUGUGCAUACACACCCCUUGUAAUGUCUCUGCAUGAUAGCAUUGCUUUGUUGGAAGAAUCCAUCUUCCCACAAGCAGAAUACCAUGCAUUAAACAUUCAGGAAAAACAGGGCAAUCAACAAGGGAGUGAAGAUAAUACUAGAAGUAUACAAGCAGGAGUUCUAGAGUUGCAAAAAUUACUUUCCAAGGUGGAAACACUCCGGAAGGUGGUGAUGGAGAGCAGGCAAUCUGAGGGGCAAGACAAGAAAGGUUCUAAUGUUAUAGUUGUGGCUGAGAGCGAUGAACUCAAAGAUUUAAUGCUAGAAAAGAAGACCUCAGGCCAAAAAGAAGACAAAGAAGAAAAAGCUCGGAGAGAUAUCUUACUUCUAGAAGAUGUCAAGGUACCUGAAGUUCGUCUUAAACUUCAAGAGGAUGCUGAAAUGGCUCAAGAAAAUGAUAUCCAGAUAAUGAAAGAUAUUCAACUUGAUCGUGUUUCUAGUUCUUCAGCUUAUAAGAAUGAUGUUAAUUCAUAUGGACUGGAAACAGUAGAAAAUUCUCGAGAUGAUAUUCAGAUACUUGAGCCAUGGGGAACAUCUGGAGCAGACAGAGGAAAGCAUGCGGAGAAUGUGUUGUCUCCAUCUAGACGGCACAAAAAGCGGUACCAUGAAAUCCAAGUAGUAGAAGAACAGAAGAAUGAACAUCCUUAUCUUCUUGUAGCUGAGAAAGAGUUGGGCAUUGACAAGCUAGAGCUAACCAAGAGAGUUUCUGGUUCACGUCAAGAUUGGAACAAAAGGGUCUUGGAAAGACUUGAUUCUGAUGGAAAUAGGCUCUCUGUUCUUCAAGCGAGUGCCGAGGAACUCAAGGGUCAAAUGGAGGCAUUUGGCAAGGGCAAAUACCAUGCAAGUUUUGAAUUUGAUACCAUCAAAGCUCAGUUAAAAGAAGCUGAGGGAACAAUACAUGAGUUGAUUGGUCUAAACAAUGUGUUAAAGAAAAAGGUUGAACAUCACUCUGGAUCCUCUGGAAGUCUAGACAGUUUAGUUAGUGAACAGCAAGGACUCGGAGACAGAAGCAAGAGGCAAAUCUCAGUAUCGGCACGAAGAGGGUCAGAAAAGAUCGGACGGUUGGAGUUAGAACUGCAGAAAAUUCAGUACAUUUUGCUGAAACUCAAGGAAGAACAUGAGAACAUGAUUGCUAGAGCUACUGGAAGAAGACGAAGAGUUAUUCUGCGAGACUAUCUGUAUGGAAGGAAAAACAGCCGGCGAGACUUGAAACCCCGAUUAUGUGGGUGUGUGAGGCCUAAAACUGACAGUGAUUCCCUAACCCUAGGAAGGAGGAGAGGAAUGGCCGGAGCCGGAGGAGAAGGUAUUUCUUUGAAGGAUCAGGGCAACGAGAACUUCAAAGCUGGGAAUUACUUGAAAGCUGCUGCACUUUACACUCACGCCAUCAAACUUGAACCCUCGAACCAAAUCCUUUAUAGCAAUCGUUCUGCUGCAUUUCUACAUCUAGUUAAGCUCACCAAAGCACUUGCUGAUGCUGAGACAACAAUAACGUUGAGUCCUCAAUGGGAAAAGGGUUAUUUCAGAAAGGGGUGUGUUUUGGAAGCUAUGCAACGUUAUGAUGAGGCUUUGGCUUCAUUUCAUGAAGCUCAAAAGUAUAAUCCACAGAGUGUCGAAAUAUCAAAGAAAAUCAAGAGGCUCUCGCAGUUAGAUAAGGAGAAGAAGCGAUCCCAAGAAGUGGAGAAUAUCAAAUCUAAUGUUGAUAUGCGGAAUUUCUUUGGUCCCUUGAAACCUGAAAUAUUGGACAAAUUUGGAAAUGCAGAAGGAUGCGAGGAUGUCUUUUCAUUCAUAGUCGAGACCAUGGAGUCAGCUAUAAAAACCUAUCAUGAAACUGCGAAGUUGGAUCCAAGGGUCCACUUCCUUCUUGAUAAGCAGAGGACUCAGACUGAUAAAUAUGCACCAGCGGUAAAUAUUGAUAAGGCAUUUGAAUCACCUGACACGCACAGUGACUGUUUCUCCUUUCUAAGGCAGUAUGCAGAAGAGUCAUUUUCUGGGGCUGCUUGCUUGGUUGCACCCAAGAAAAUAAUAUCAUACCCUCAGGUUUGGAAAGGCCAAGGAUCAAGGAAGUGGAAGCAAUCACACAGUGAUGGUUUCUUUGUGCAAUUUGAGUCACCUGCUAUGCGGAAAUUAUGGUUCGUUCCUAGUUCAAAUGAAAAGGGUCAGACCUUAUGCAGGGAUCCUGAGGUUUUAGACAUCAGUGUUCAUGAACUGCUUCCGCGCUUGUUCAAAGGAUCCACUCCGGCUAGAUGAGCUUCAUGCAUUGGUUUAUACAAUCCAACUGAUUAAAGUAACAGGAGCAGAUGGUGAUGCAUCUCGAACCUGUUUUCGGCAAGAUUUCUGAGCUUAGAUUGCAAUUAUGAAAUUUGCUACCAGUUUUGUAAUUGUUGUGCAACUUUUAGUUUUCCAUAUAUGUUCUAGAGCUGUUCAUUUUUUGGUUGUUUUUUUUUUUGUUUUCAGAAUUAUUGUGUGGCGUAUAAAUCUUUGAUUGAUCUGUGGAACUUGGCUUU